UUUUGCAGCUCAUUCUUAUGCGUCCACCGAUGGCGGACGUUUAGGAACUUUUCUUCUUCGCACUGAUUUCGAGCCGAACGAGCCUAUUUUCUAAUUCGUGUCAUAGCGCUGUUCAAGAAUCAAUAGCAGCUAGUUCCGCGCCGCACGACCUGUACAGGUCAGGAGCGCAGUCAUGGCGGACGAAACGCUAAAAUACCUUCAGGUCGACAAGCGCUCCGUCAGCAAUCCGUCAGCGCAGGCAGAAUGGGCCAGCAAGAAGUUGGUGUGGGUGCCGCACCUGGAGCAUGGAUUUGUGGCUGGCAGCAUCAAGAAGGAGUCUGCGGAUGAGAUGGUCGUGGAGCUGCAGGAUGGCUCGACGGCCAGUGUCAACAAGGACGACGUGCAGAGGAUGAACCCGCCGAAGUUCUCCAAAGUCGAGGACAUGGCUGAGCUCACCUGUUUGAACGAGGCCGCCGUGUUGCACAACCUGAAGGAGCGCUACUACAGCGAUCUGAUCUACACCUACUCAGGCCUCUUCUGCGUGGUGGUCAAUCCCUACAAGAGAUUGCCAAUCUACACUGAGAAGGUCGUGGACCUUUACAAGGGCAAGAAGCGCCAUGAGAUGCCCCCACACGUGUUCGCAGUCACUGAUACUGCGUACCGCUCCAUGCUGCAAGAUCGUGACAACCAGUCAAUUCUUUGCACUGGUGAGUCUGGUGCUGGUAAGACGGAGAACACGAAGAAGGUCAUCCAGUACCUCGCCCAUGUGGCCGGCUCACAGCCCGGUGGCACCAAGGGUGGCAAUGUGUCGCGCUCCGGCAGCCAGAACAAGAACCAGAUGCUGCAGCGUCGCCAGAGCUCGUCCGGACUCAUGAACAAGACCGGAAUGACGAUAGCACAAGGUGAUCUGGAGCAGCAGCUGCUGCAGGCCAAUCCCAUCCUGGAAGCGUUCGGUAACGCAAAGACCAUCAAGAACGACAACUCGUCCCGUUUCGGAAAGUUCAUUCGCAUCAACUUCGACAACUUUGGUCACAUCGCCGGUGCCAAUAUUGAGACUUAUCUGCUGGAGAAGAGCCGAUCUGUGCGUCAGCAGGAGGAUGAGAGGAAUUUCCAUUUCUUCUACCAGCUGCUGAACGGUGCCUCUGCCGAGGACAAGAAGGAUCUGCUGCUGGACAAGCCGGAGAAGUACCGCUACCUGAGCAACGGCAACCUUGGCGUGACGGAGGUGAGCGACGUGGAUGAGUACACGCUCACCCUGGAGGCCAUGGAGAUCAUGAGCUUCAACCAGGACGAGGUCAAGUCAACGCAGCGCGUCGUGGCCGCCUGCCUCAACUUUGGCAACUUUGAGUUCAAGCAGGAGCGCAGCUCCGACCAGGCCACUAUGCCAGAUCAGACAUAUGCCCAGAAGGUCUGCCAUCUGCUGGGAGUCAACGUCACCGAGUUUGUCAAAGUGUUGUUGAAGCCAAGGCUGAAGGUUGGCCGUGAGCUGGUCUCCAAGGCACAGAACAAGGAACAGGUCGAGUUCUCAUCGCAAGCACUGUCCAAGGCACUCUAUGAGCGUCUGUUCAAGUGGCUGGUGGCCCGUAUCAACAAGACGCUGGACCGCACGUCACGAAAGGGCUGCUCGUUCAUCGGCAUCCUCGACAUUGCUGGAUUCGAAAUCUUCAAGACCAACUCGUAUGAGCAGCUGUGCAUCAACUACACGAAUGAGAAGCUGCAGCAGCUCUUCAACCACACCAUGUUCAUCCUGGAGCAGGAAGAGUACCGCUCCGAGGGCAUCCUCUGGGACUUCAUCGACUUCGGACUGGACUUGCAGCCAUGCAUUGACCUCAUCGAGAAGCCCAUGGGCAUCCUAGCUCUGCUCGACGAGGAGUGCUGGUUCCCCAAGGCCACGGACAAGAGCUUCACGGAGAAGUUGUUCAAGGAGCAUGCGAAUCUCAAGCACUUCAAGAAGCCCGACUUCCGAGCCGCCGCAGACUUCACCGUUCAGCAUUACGCUGGAGAUGUCGGCUACACAUCAGCGCAGUGGCUCGUGAAGAACAUGGACCCACUGAACGACAAUGUCGUCAACCUGCUGCAGAACUCACAGGACAACUUUAUUGGAAACCUCUGGAAGGACACCACCAACCUGGUGAGCAUCGCUGCCGCUGGUGGAAACAGCGGUGGCGGAGACGGUGGUGGUGCUUUCGGCCAGAGCCGUACUCGCAAGGGCAUGUUCCGCACCGUUGGCCAGCUCUACAAGGAGCAGCUGUCGCGCCUGAUGGAGACGCUUCGCAACACCAACCCGAACUUUGUGCGAUGCAUCAUUCCAAACCACGAGAAGAGGGCCGGUCGCAUUGCAUCCCACCUUGUGCUCGACCAGCUUCGCUGCAACGGUGUGUUGGAAGGUAUCCGCAUCUGCCGACAGGGUUUCCCCAACCGCAUCCCGUUCCACGAGUUCAGGCAGCGCUAUGAGCUGCUCGUGCCGGGUAUCAUCCCCAAGGGCUUCAUGGACGGACGGAAAGCGGCGGAAAAGAUGCUGGAGCACAUUGAGCUGGACCAGAACCAGUACCGGGUCGGACACACCAAGGUGUUCUUCCGCGCCGGAGUGCUGGCUCGGCUCGAGGAGGACCGCGACAUGAAGCUGAGCGAGAUCAUCACUCUGCUCCAGGCACGAUGCAGAGGAAUGCUUGCCAGACAGCAAUUCAAGAAGCUCAUUCAGCAGGUGAAAGCCAUUCACGUCAUCCAGCGCAACUGCCAGGCGUACCUGAAGCUGCGCAACUGGCCAUGGUGGAAGCUCUUCACCAAGGUCAAGCCCCUCCUGCAGGUCACCCGUCAGGAAGAAGAGCUGGAGAAGAGCCAGCGGGAGCUGUCGCAGCUGCAGGAGAAGCAGCUCAAGAGCGAGCAGCAGCUUUCAGACCUGCAGUCACGCAUCGACGCGGCCAGCGCCGAAAAGAACACGCUCUCCGAGCAGCUGACCAUGGAGCAGGACAUGCUGAUGGAGGCUGAGGAGGCCCGCAACCAGCUGUCUCAGCGCAACACGGAGCUGGAAGAAGUGCUCCACGAGACCGAGGCUCGUCUGGACGAAGAAGAAGAGCACGCUAAACAGCUCGGAAGUGAACAGAAGAAGCUGCAACAGAAGAUUUCCGACCUGGAGGAAGGUAUGUCGGAAGAAGCAACGGCGAAGCAGAAGGUUCAUCUUGACAAUGUCGCCUUGGAGGCGAAGGUCAAGGGACUCGAGGAGCAGACCGCUGGUGCAGAGGAGCAACUGCAGAAGCUCGCCAAGGAGCGUAAGCAGCUCGAAGAGCAACUCGUCGAGACAACCAGCGCCCUCACCAACGAGGCCGACAAGGCAAAGAGCUUGGCCAAGCAGAAGAACCGUGGUGACGCCGCGCUUAGCGACCUGGAGGGUCGUCUUCAGCAUGAGGAGAAGGCUCGUCAAGAACUCGACAAGACCAAGAGAAAGUUGGAGGUCGAGCUUCGUGACCUUCAGGAGCAGCUUGCUGAGGCUCGCCGACAGAUCCAGGAACUCGAAGCCGCUCUGAAGCAGACGCAACAAGAGCUCCAGGCCGCCAAUCAGAAACUCGAGAACGAGCUGACGGCCAAGGCAGCACUCGAGAAGGCAAAGCGACAGCUUGAAAGCCAGCUUGCCGAUCUUCAGGAGGACUUUGAGACUGAGAAGAGCGCUCACGAGAAGGCCGAGCGUAAUCGCCGUGGUUUGCAGGAAGAGCUUGAUGUUCUUCACAACGAGUUGGAAGAGCAGGUCAGCGGCACAGCCGCUGCUCAAGAGGUCCGUGCGAAGCGCGAGACCGAGCUGACGCAGAUGAAGAACGCCCUCGCCGAGGAGCAGCGCGAGAAGGAGGCCGCCAUCACGGAGCUACGCGAGAAGAACCACCGGCAGGUGGACGAGCUGCAGAACCAACUGGACAACGUCAACAAGCAGAAGCAGCAGUCCGACAAGAGCAAGCAGCAGCUGACGAAGAAGAUCGGCGAGCUGGAGGGCGAUCUGUCCGCCAUGACCGCUGCACGCAGUGAUCUUGAUCGUAAGAAGAAGGCACUGGAGAGCCAGCUCGGCGAGGUCACGUCGAAGAAUAACGAGAACAGCUCUCUGGUGGAGGAGUUCCGUGCCGGCAAGACCAAGAUGAGUAGCGACUUUGAGUCUGCAAACGCGCGUAUUGUCGACCUGGAGGCUCAAGUUCAGGCUCUGGAGCGUGCUAAGCACACCGCGGAGAGUCAUCUGACCGAGGCGCAGGAAACUAUCGACGAGGACUCCAGAGCAAAGUCCUCGCUCAACGCCAAGGUGCGCAGCCUGGAAGGCGAGGUGCUCCGUCUCAACGAGGCCCUCGACGACGAGGAGCAGUCGAAGACCGAGUCUGCUAAGCAGAUGGGCAGCGUCAACACUCAGGUCGGUGACCUGAAGAGGCAGAAGGAGAGUGACGGCCUCCAGAUCGAGGAGCUGGAGAACUUCAAGAAGAAGGCGCAGCGCGAUCUGGAACAGCUCGCCAAGGAGAAGGAAGACCUCGAGAUGGCCAGCAGCAAGCUCGAGAAGACGAAGAAGAGAAUGUCCGGAGAGAUCGACGACCUCGGUCUUGACCUCCAAGCUCAGCGAACACGCGUCACAGAGCUGGAGCGCAAGCAGAAGAACUUCGACAAGACGUUGGCGGAAGUGCGCGGUCAGGCCGGUGGUGUUGGUGAUGAGCGUGACGCGGCGCAGAAGGAGGCACGCGAGAACGCAACCAAGGUUAUCGCACUGACUCGUCAGCUCGAGGAGGCCAACGAGAGGCUGGCCGAGAGCGAGCGCCAGCGCAAGGUAAUGGCGGGCGAGCUCGACACUCAGCUGGAGUCCAAGGACGACGCAGGCCGCCACGUUCACGAGCUGGAGAAGACCAAGCGGGCACUGGAGAGCCAGGUUGAGGAGCAGCGCAACCAGAUGGAAGAACUGGAGGACGAACUGCAGGCCACCGAGGACGCCAAACUGCGCUUGGAGGUCAAUCUUCAGGCACUCAAGACCAACCUUGACCGCGAGAUGAGCAGCAAGGACGAGCAGCUGGAAGACUCCCGGCGCGGUCUGCAGAAGCAGCUGCGUGACAUGGAGGCCGAGCUGGAGGAGGAGCGUAAGGCCAAGAGCGGCGCGGUCAGUGCGCGCAAGAAGCAGGAGGGUGAGCUACGCGAGCUCGAGCAGGCCAUCGACCACGCUAACAAGGCCAAGGACGACGCCCUGCGACAGAUGAAGAAGUACCACACCCAGAUCAAGGAGCAGGGAGCAGAGCUCGAGGAAGCGCGUGCACAGCGAGAAGAGGCCACGGGCAGUCUUCGUGAUCAUGAGAAGAAGGUCAAGGCCAUGGAGUCCGACGUUCUGCGUCUGCAAGAGGAACUGGCCAUCUCAGAUCGCAGCCGCCGCAACAUUGAGGCGGAGAAGGAGGAACUCCUCGAGGAGGCUGCCGGAAACAACCCACGAGUGCAUGGUCUACAAGAGGAGAAGCGUCGCCUAGAAGCACGCAUUGCACAGAUGGAAGAGGAACUGGAGGAGGAGCAGUCGGUCGGCGAGGCCGCCGUUGAGAAGCAGCGCAAGACUCAGCAACAGGUCGACACGCUGAACGGCGAGCUAACUGGCGCCCGUGCCAAUGUCAACCGCCUGGAGCAAUCCAACCAGUCGCUUGAGCGCCAGGUCAAGGACCUUAGAGCGAAGGCCGAAGAGAGCGUAUCGGGAGCAGCCUCCAAGAACAAGGCCGCGCUGCGCAACAUGGAGAACAAACUGGCCGCGGCUGAGGAAGCUGCUGACAACGAGGCUCGCGAGCGUGCAGCUCUCCAGAAGGCAAACCGUCGCAUGGACCGCAAGGUCAAGGAGCUGACCGGCGCAGUCGAAGAGGAACGCCGUCACGCUGAACAAUUCAAGGACCAGAACGACAAGACGCAAGCUCGCCUGAAGAGUCUGAAGAGGCAGCUGGAUGAUGCUGAGGAGGAGACCACCCGCCUCAACAAUGCCAAGCGUAAGCUGCAGCGUGAGCUUGACGAGGCACAGGAACAGCUGGAACAGACACAGCGGGAUAUGCAGCGUAUGCGUAGCUCUAGAUCCGGGCCUGCUGCUAGCAAGACGUCACGUACGUCCAUUCCUCGCGUGUCCGGUCGCAACGCCGAGCCGGCGGCUGAUGCCACCGACGAGGAAGAGGAGUAAACGUGACUGCUGCUGACGUUGUGCACCCUCAUCUCCUGUAACGACGUCUUCUCGUUCUGGCGGCGGCGCAUCGGGCCGUCGCUAUCGCGGACGGGAACGAGAUGAGGGCGACGACGCAGAUGAUGCAGAGGACGUCUAGGCCGACGGUCGCCACCUCCGCCGCCUCUCUCUUGUCGUUCUCUUCCGUGUACUUGUGUGUUUGUGUUUGUACAUGUACGUGUGUGUACCCUGCCUUAUAUGGAUAUAUUAGUGCUUCCGCUGCUGCUGGUGCUGCUUGCUCCUGCUGCGGUGCGUUCUUGCCGGGCGGUUUGGUGCACCGAUUGGGUGCCACCACACUGCACGCAUUCUCUCUUCCUCCUAGGACACCUUCCCCCGGUUUCGGAGUGACUUUGCUCCCUGUGGAGCUAUACAGCAUGUGCGGAAGCCUGCCGUUGCAUUUAUCUCUUGUUCUCCUAAAACAACCGUCACCGCUACAUCUUUCUGACGUUGGCGUAUUAUUAUUGUUCUUCCCCCUCUUCUGUUUUGCCGUCUCUCCCAUGUGCCCUUUCUUUUGUUCAUCCUGCGCCUUGUGACGCACACGUUGCCAGGCUGCCUGUACUCGGUGCAGUGCGAAGCGAAACUCUGGCCCGUGUACAUGCAACGUGCAGCUAGGGAUUGCUUGCUGCUUGGAACACAAGCCCAACAUGACAUGGAUAUGAUGUGCGCAGCUUGCUUCUAGUUUACAUACCACUGUACACUGCUUUUAGCUCUUUUAUCAUUUUUAAAAUCAGUGCAUCUUGCGAGGACAUGGCCGUGGGCCGUGCAAGCUUUGGACUGUCGCUGCAUGCUCCACAACGACAGCCAUUGCAGUGGCGUUCCAGCCGAUAGCCACUCCUGUUUAUUUUUCUACGCUUCCCGCUUCACGUUUUGCAUUUUUGAAACAUAGACAACCGCUAUUGUAGACCUGACUAUGUGCCAUCGAAUAUGUUCUCCUUCUAAAGCUCAUCUACAACCAUUGUACCACUACUGACUAAGUAAAAAAACCUGUACCGUUAGCUUUCCACAUUA